AUGGCCUCUAUCCGUUUCUUUUUCAUAGCUAUUUUAAUUGCUUUGUCACUUUCAAGCAUUGACAAGGUUCAAUGUGGUGCGAAUAGAAAACUUUUGACACUAAAGUUUCUUAAUGUAGGCAAAUUUCCAGGCUUCAAGUUUCCUACUUUCCCACCAGGAACUGAAUGGCCUGAGUACAGGUUGCCUCCACCUCUUUUCACUUUUCCACCGGUUACCACUGCGGCUGCUACCAAACCAUGA